UUCUGAUUGGCUGGAAAAAUUGGGAUGCAGCCUCUGUUGGAAUGUAUAAAUAGAAAGCAAAGUGGUUUGGACCUUUUGCUUUGAAAGCAGAGCUCUCGAGGUGCACCAAGAUGCACGGAGUCACCGCACUCAUCCUUCUGAUUGCCAUCUCCAGUGUUGCCGCAGGCCAAUGGGGGACAAUCUGCGCAGGUCAACCCUCCAACAAAAUCCGAGGCUGCGACCGCCACGGCUGCGGCCACUACAAUGCCCCCAGGGGGGUGAAGAAGCACAAAGGGGUGGACGUGGUGUGCACGGAUGGCUCGGCGGUGUACGCGCCCUUCGCAGGGAAGAUCGACAGACAGGCCAAGCCCUACGGGAACAGCAACGCCAUCGACAACGGCAUCCAGCUGUCAGGAGGAGGAUUCUGCAUUAAGAUGUUUUACAUCAAACCCGUCAAGUACAGCGGCACCAUCAAGAAGGGAGAGAAAAUCGGUGUCCUGCUGCCCAUGCAGAGCGUCUACCGAGGGAUCACGUCCCACGUCCACAUCCAGAACUGCGACUUAACAAACCCCACUUCCAACCUGUGAAGGGAGGCUGCACGUCCACGCAAAGCCUUCGGCUCCUCCCUUGGCUGCUCAUUGAAUUGACUGGGCAUUGGUGGCUGCUCUGGCAAAGUGGAAGCCACUGAUCCUUCUCCGUGGCUCCAUAAGUAUCCAUAACCAAAGUGCUGGUUGUUAUCCUAGCACAGGCAUAUAACACGUGCUUUAAAGCUAUUUUUGUAUCCUACACAUCGCGGGGGAGGCACGGAGCUUCGGGGACCUCGCCACGCUGUGCCACCAAACACCAGCGGUCCCUCACUAAGCCAGAAACCUCACUGUGCUUACCUAUGGCAAAUUCAUAUCAUUAAAGGGCUGUUCCACUAGAAA